AAUUUUUGUAAAUUUAUUUGUUAAUGAAUUUAAAUAUAAUUUUACUUGAUAUAAUUUUAAUAUUUGUUUUUAAAAAGUCUUCUUUUACCAAAAGAAUCUCAUCGCAUAGUUUUUACCCUAAAUCGCUCUUCAUCAACAAUUUCAGUAAAAUUAACUAUAAUAACUUAAAACUAUACAAUGAUUCCACAGACAAUGAUAACCAGAAGGAAUCUUAUGAUAAGGCAAUUGAUGAAUUUUUUAUCAAAAAUCGUAUGAUUUUCCUUUCUGGUGAACUGAAUGAUAAAGUUUCAUUUAAAAUCAUUUCUUCCAUUUUGAGAAUUAAUGAAAAUGAUCCAAAUUUACCAAUUAAAUUCUACAUCAACUCCCCCGGAGGAUCUGUUACUGCUGGGUUAGCCAUAUUUGAUGUAUUGAGGAGUUUGAAGAUGCCAGUUGAGACUGUAUCCCUAGGUCAAGCUGCUUCAAUGGGUGCUUUUCUUUUAGCUUCUGGCACCAAAGGCAUGAGAUAUGCUAUGCCAAAUUCACGAAUUAUGAUACAUCAGCCUUUAGGAGGGGCACAUGGCCAGGCGAGCGACAUAGAAAUCCAAGCAAAUGAGAUAUUACAAAUUCGUGAAAUUCUUAAUACAAAUCUGUCUCGAUUUACUGGUAAAAGUGUUCAGGAAAUUGAAAAAGACUGUUCCAGAGAUAAUUACAUGAGGCCUUCAGAAGCUCUUCAAUACGGUCUCAUCGAUCACAUUAUACAAACUCAAUAAUAUACUACUGUAUAUAGCACAGUAUGAUAGUAUUAGUAUGUAGAAUAAUGUUGAAGGAGAUUAAUUUUGAUCAUUAUUAUUAUCAAUGCUGUUGGAGUUAAUUUUGUUGAUGUUGUUUUUUUUAUUAUUGAUAAAGUAGUUUGGAGUAUUGGUAAUUUCAAGACGUCUGAUGGGAUUGAAUUGGGAGCAUUCAAUAAUAAUGCUCAAGAUACCAUUAUCAUAACAUGCACUUGCAGUAUUAUCCAUGGCAUUAUUUGGAAGUUUGAAACGCCUGUAAAAGUAUCCAACCUUUCUUUCUCUGAUUUGGAUAUUCAAAUUCUCUCCAAAUUUCUCAUACAACUCUUCCUUAGGUCUAGGGCCUAUACAAGAAUGUUAGUUAGCUAAAUAAAGUAAGACUAAUACACAAACUAUAUAACCAAGUAAUCAGGAGGGAUAGAGGCCGUAAUGUGAUACCUGAAACAAUCAUUUCACCAUCACCGAUAUUAAUUUCAAUAUCAGAAAUAGGAAAUCCAGGAAGCUCCAUGAGAGUAACCAAAUUGUUAUUAUCCUUAUCAAAGAAAGUGUCGACAGUGGGAUAAAAGGUAAUUGGAUAUUCCAAAUCCUUUGGUGGUGUGAUCUCGAGAAUAUUAUUCGGAGGUACCACUGUACUUGGUUUAUACAUUACUGAAGGUUUCUCUACCUAUAGCAAGUCUUACAAACACCGUAAAGAGUUAACUACAUAAUAAUAA